AUGCCGAGGCAUCCCCCCCAAAACCACGGGGAGACCAGCAGCCAUGUCUUUGCCCCAGGUCUGCUUCAAGGAGACACAGUCGCAGCAGACCUCCCCAAGAAUACAGAGGGGCCCCCUGGCACGUGUGGGGCCCCACAACAGGGGCCCUCCGGCUCCCCAGGGCCGGUGGGGCAGCAGCAUCAUAGGGCAGAUCACAACUCGACAGGGGUAAGGAGGCUGACUCCGUCUACACAGAUAACCCCCCCUGCACUGGAAGGGGGGCCCCCAGGGGGCCCCCCCCCAGUGUCUCCUCUCGGCAGGGGGGGCCCUAGCGGCCUCCAGAUAACGGAGGGCCUCCCCAAAGAUGUUGAAUGUCUCCCUAGGCAGCAAGAAGGCAUUCCUAAACCCUUCAGCACGAUGGCUGUGAGCGCCACAAAACAACCCCCUGGGCAGCCGCCGUCGGUGCAGCAGCAGGCAGGGGGCCCCCGGGGGCCUUCUUCCCGCUGCUCUCAUUUUAUGACUGCUGCCACCCCUAACACGAGACCCUGGGGCCCCUUAGGCCGCAGACACGGCCACAGCGUAGCACGCUCAACUCGCAUAGGCAGGGGAGGCCCCGAUGGUCCCCCAGGAGGUACCCCAAGAACCCCAAACACUGCACGGGAAGCAGGAACAGCAGCAGCAACAGCAGCAGUUGUAAGAAGAGCACCUUCCCAGGGCCUCGUUAAAUGCCUCAACUCGCAGCGCGGCUGUAGGGGCCCCACAAGGAGGCCCCUAGAAAGCAACCGUAGGGUCCGUUUCUGGUGGCCGCAAGGCCCAAGCGUCGGGGGUCCCCAAGACUUGAGGGGCCCCUAUUCCGCUCACGCAGCAGCAACAACAGCAGCAGCAGCCGCAGCAGCACAAACAGCAGUAGACCCCACCUCUCCAUCAGCUAACAACAUGGAGAGGGCGCAGCGCCCAGCAAGUAUUCCUCUUCCGGCUGCAGCGCUUGCAGGUCCUCCUGUUGCCAGCAACAGCAACAGGAAUAGCAGCAGCAGCAGAGGGGAGCAGACAUCAGAAGCUCUGCCUCCUCCCCCACCGCAAAGGGGACCUGUUAUUGCCAGGAGGGCAUGCAGCACAUGCAUUAAACUGGUCCAAGGGAAUUGCUAUCGUCCAGCAGCAGCAACAACAACAGAAGCAGCAGCAACAGGAACAGCAGCAACAGCAGCGACUACAAUGGUCGCGCAGGCAGCAGCAGGAGCAGCAGCUGCAGCACAAACAGCAGGGCCUCCUCCCUGUUCAAGUGGAGAGGGCCCGGAAGGUACAUUACAGCGCAUGCAGGCGCAUGCAUCAGCACAAAGAGGAGGCAGCAAAGGAGGAGGUGUACAUACAUCCCAAGCUCUCCUGUCUCCUUCUACUCCCCACACACUUGGUGCUGUUAAGGGGGCCAUCUUUUGUCCCCAUGAGGGCCCCCUAACAAAGGGGGGACAGCCACCUACGCGAGAGGUUGCUGCAGCAGCAACAGCAGCAGCACCAGCACCUCUUGCAGCAGAGGGGGUCUCCGUUGCGGCCACCCGUGCUGCUGCAGUGGCGAAGGCUGCUGCUGCUGUUGCUGCUGCAGCACAGGCAGAGGUUGAGGCUGCUGCUGCUGUUGCAGCAUGGGGAGACAGUAGAAAAUGUAUCUCCAACUGCAGCACGCUUACAACAAACGAGCAGCGACGGGAGCAGCUAGUAUUGAUCUUGCGGCUUCUGCUGCUGCUGCCACCGGAGCUGCAGCACGCCAUUCAAGCCCGUCUCUUUAUGCUGCAGCAGAUGCAACAGCAGCAACACAGAUGGGCCUUCAGCUGCUCAGAUCCCUGGCCUAAGAGGGCAGCAACAACAGCAGAUCUACCUGUCACCCUCAUGGCCUCGGGGGUUGUUGGAACCCCUUGGAAGCAGCAGCAGCAGCAGCCGUUGCAUGCAGCAUCAGCUGCUGGUGCUACUGCUGCUCCUUGUCCCUCACCGUCAGGACCCCACACCUUGAAGGGCAGAGAUGUGCGGCAAGCCAGCAGCAGCAGCAGCAGCAAAUCCGUCGGUGCGGCAGCAAGGUUCACCCCAAGCUGUGCACAGCAGCAAGACCACAACAAGAUGCAGCAAGAGAAUAGCCCGCAGCAGCAGCAGCAGCAGCAACAGCAGCAAAUGCUGCGGCAGCACAAUGCAGCAAACUCUACAGUCAAUGGUCUCUUUAUGUCCGCCACCUUACAGGCUUCCGCAGUGCUACAACUUACACCUGGGAGACACGGAGGCGAGCGUGCAGCAGCCCCCUCAGCAGCAGCAGCAGCAGCAGCAGGGAGCACAGCAAUGGUGCGCUCCUCAAUUAGCGGGAUGGCAUCCAGCUGCAGAUGCCGCGGCAGCGCUGCAGCAGGGCUUUCUCGUUACCCUGUGUCCUUUCCUGCUCACGGCAGAGGCACACUGCAGCAGCAGCAACAGCAGCAGCAGCAGCAGGAGGUUCCUGCUGCCGGGGACGGUGGUGCAGGAGCACCUUGCUGCAGCAACAGCGGCAGCUGCUCAGGAGCAGUGCAGUCUUCAUGUCGGUGUCUUCAUCGUGUCCCCUCUAGUCAAGCUGGGGAGGCACUUUUAAUGUUAGGGGGGUGUUCGCGCUCUUCGGUCUCCUCUUGGGGAGGAGCGUGCAGAUGCUGCAGUGCAGCAACAGCAGCUGGUGCUAGCAGCAGCAGCAGCACAAACAGCAGCAGCUGUCGUGGAGAGCGCGGAGGAAUGCCAAACAGCAUGCAAGUGCAGCAACACCACCAUCAGAAUGCAGCAACGGCUGCAGCAGCAGCAACCGCUGCUGCUGCUGGUACCGUGGGGCCCCGAUCUCAACGUGGCAGCGCACCGCUGCUAUGUUACUACUCAACAGCUAGCCAAUUAAGUGCCACCAACUCAGGUAGGUUGCAUACAUCACGAGGAGCAGCAGAGUGCUGCCACGUCGCCCGCAAGAACUGCUGCAGCAACGCGUCUUCGCUGGGGCAGCAGCAACAGCAACAGCAGAUGGCGAGGGAAAACGGGAACGUAGCAGCAGCUGCAACAGCAGCUGCUGCUGCAGCUGGGCCCAACAACUCCUUUGGCAACGGGAUGGAUAAUUGCAUGCAGAGCGAAGGCGGCUCUUUCUUGUCAGCACACCCACAGUCACCCAUGAGGUGUAGAGGACAGCAGCAGCGGCAGCAACAGCAACAGCAGCAGCAGCAGCAGGCGGCAUGUUCUGUAACAGCAGCUCAAGCUUCCCACGCAGGGGGAGUCAGCGUGAGUCCGUCGACCGGCGGCAGCUGCAGCAGCUGCAACAAUUGCAGCAGCACGCGCUGGGGCAAUCAGGGGGCAUUGCAAAUGGAUGUCUCGUUGCUGCCGUCUUUGUUGCGGCCUCAAGCUGCUGUUGAUGCAUGCAAAGCAUCAGCAGAUUCCGCUGCGCUUGGGGGGCCACCCUCUAGGUUGCUGCGUGCGGCUGCUGCAAGAGGUAGGGAACCGGGGCCCUUGGCCCUCGCGUUGCCGUCUAACAGCGGCGAUAGCAGCACGGCGCGGAGUAGCAGCAACAGCAGCGGUAAUUGCAGCAGCAGCAGCAGCAGCAGCGGCAGCAGGAGCACCAACAGCAUCAGCGAUGGAGGCCAAAGCACAGCAACACAAGGAACAGAAGGGGAAGCUGCAGAGACAGAGGAGGAGGAGCAGAAGCAGGAACAGAGGGCAACUACAGCAGCAGCAGCUGCUGCUGCUGCUGCACCAGCAGCUGCUGCUGCUGCUGCACCAGCAGCACCAGCAACAGCAGCACAAGCAGCAGCUACUGCUGCUACGGUUGCUGCUGCUGCAUUGUCCCGUGCGCGGUCGCACCCAGCAGAACCGCCGCAGCUGUCGGGGCUGCUGGCAGGUGCUCCUGUGUCUCCUGGAGACAGCAGGUGUCUGUCUCCUCCUGCGGUCCCGUUUAUUCGUUUAUCUUCUGCCGAUAUUGCUGCUGCAGCAGAGGGACAGAAGAGUGCUCCUGCGGCUGAUGAUGGAGGGCAGACAACAAGGGAGGGAAUGGGACUGCCUCCUUUGUCUUGGGGGGCAGAUGAGGGCCCAUUUGUCCCUUCUUCAACAGAGACACUCCCGCGGUGCCUCCUUUCUACUUUGCCUGCGGGGUCGGGAGACAGUAGCGCCGCUGCAGCACAUGGAUUCGCAAAGCCUACGAGUCUCCUUUUUGCAUCAGGAGACCCAAGGAGAUACAACGGUCCCCUUAUGCAGAGUGCAGUUGUCUCCGUUGAAGCUGUCCCCUUGGGGAUAGCAGAUCCGUCGGGGGAAAGGGUGGCGAAGAGUCCCCCUGGGAAGAGGGGGAAGGACGAAGCAGACCUGCAGCAGCAGCAGCAAGAUGAUCAAGAACAACAGGAACAAGAAGCUGCUGCGCUGCUGCGGCUGCUGCCGGUAACGAUGCGGUCAUUGGCGUCAGACAACUCAUCCAAGCAGCAGCAGGGCCGGUGCCCUCGCUCUUGCCCCAAUCUGCUGAGACCAGAAGCAGCAGCAACAGCAGCAGCGGCAGCAGCCGCAGACAAGUUAAUGCUGGGCAGUCUUAGUCGUGGUGUUGUGUCUUGGGUACCGAAGACACAACGCAAGAGGAGAAAGGGUCUCUUUCCCCUUGGCUGUUGCCAGCCGCCUCCUCGUUUUGCUGUCCCUUGUCCCUCUGUUAGUCUAGGGUCUCUGCAGCAGAGCCAGGUCCUCUUCUCCGAGGAGCCGCUACACUGCGCAGCUCCUGCUUGUCCCCCCUCUGGUGUCGCCUCCCCCUCUGCAUGCAUAAGGAGAUGGAGCAGAGGGCCCUGGGGGCCCUCUAUCUCCCGCAGCAGUUGCGCGCUGCAGCAAACUCAGCAACAGCGGCAGAAGGAAGGGAAUGCAAGAAGGGCGACCGAGGUGACAGUACGAUCGGAGAAAGGAGACAAAAGACGCGAUCAGGAGACAACAAGCAGAAGCACCACCGUCCUAAGGCAGGAGCCCCCCCUUGGCAGGUGCUCUCCCGCUUGGGGCCUUAAAGGUGUUGGGUUGAUGCCCGGAGCCAGUCACCGGCGAGCAGCAGCAGAUACUGCUGCAGCCGCAGCAGAAACUAGCGCAGCCGCAGCAGAAACGCCGAAGUCUAGUAUUGUUGCAGAGCCAGCGGGGGAGGAGAGACAGCAAGACGACUCCGAAGUGUGGGGACCUUUGCCUGCAGCAAACAGGCGAAGUGUCCCCUUUGGAGACACCUUGGAGCAGCUGUUGUCUAAGCUUGUGGGGCCGCCAGCUAGUACUAGGCCUGUGGAGACGGUCGAGGCCCUCCUUAAGGACCUGAUGGUGUCUUUUCAAGAAGGGGCAGCAGCAACAAGGGAAACUGCAGGCCUUAUACCUCCCGUCGCAGCUAAGCAGCAGACAGACGACAUGCCGUGUGCAGAUGCGGAUAGGCGAGAGGGGGGGGGGCCGAGGCCCCCACGAGAGGACGGCACCCAAGACGAGAACGAGAGGCCCCCCGUAUAUGGCAGGAGCACCGAGCAUUGUUUACCUGGAGACCUAGCAGAUAUCCUGAAAACGGAAAGAGAGGCACAAAAGACUCUUUUGCUUGAGCACCAGCAGCUGUGGGAAGAUGUUGCCACAAAGGCGGCUAGGCUACAAGCAGCAGGCGAUUGCACUGGUGCUGUAGGAGUGCAAGCAGCAGCUAUUGAACGUCUGUGCCACUGCGCGCUGCAGCGGGCAGUAAGUGCUCGGCGAGCUUUUGGGGCCUUGCAAGUGGAGGACGAGAGGAGAGUGCAGCUUCUGCAGCAGUACGAAGCAGAGGCAACGCGGCUUCUGUACAUGCAACAAGGGAAGACAGAAGAGCGGCUGCAUAAAGAGAGCCAGUCGCAGCAGGAACCAUCUGUGCAUGCGCCCCCCAUGGGCUCGAUGCAGGGGGGGCAGCAAGCAGCAGAGCCGGCCACAUCAGAUUCCUCUUCAGACUCUUGCACGGGUAGUCACGCGCUGCUCCGCAACACUUCUGUGUCGCCGGAGCUGUUGUUGCACAGCGGCCCGGACAGCGUGAGUCAGCGCGUGUCUUCCCUACGCCGCGCGGCCGAAGCCUCUCGAGACGUAACAGCAGCAACAGCAACAGCAACAGUAGCACUAACAACAGCCAACAGCAUCGGCAGCAAUGCUACGGGACUUGCGGCAGCUACACGCAAAGGGGAAGCCCUGUUGAGCUCGCAGGACGCCGCGUCGCGUGCGGAGGAGAGGAGUCCGCUCGAGCCAACUGAAGACGCGCUGUUACACUUUGAGCACAACCAGCAGUUGGUUGCGGCCUUUCUGAACGAUUUCGCGGCCUGGGAAUUCAAUUGUUCAGCCGAAAACGACGCUGAAUUGGCCUUCUUAAAGCAGCUGCAAACCGAGUACGCAGCAGCAGCAGCGGCCGCAGGUGGCACUGAACAACUUCCCCUCAGUACUUUCCUGCUGCAGAAGAGAGAAGAAGCCCUCAAGAGUUUACCGCCCGAGAUGGCAUCAGCUGAGCAGGUCAAGGCAGUGCUGCAACCUGUCGCGCAGCAAGUUGCUGCACGUUUGCCGCCCAUUGAGGCUUUGCUUCAAAAUCAGGUAAAGACUUCUGUGGACAUGCUGAUGGGGAACCCUACAGGCCACCAGCGCUUGUUGAAACUUUGCAGAUCCGAUCAGCUUGCAAACAAGUUGGAAGCCAAGCAAAUGCGCCACUCCAGCAGCAGCCCAAAGGACUCUUCUGGGGCCACACCUGAAAAGGGCCUACAUGGCACAGCAGCGCAUGAUGAUGGGUGUCUCGAAGGACACAUGGCCGCCGAGCAGCUCGAAGAAGUAGAAGCUCUGGUGAAGGCCGAGCUGAAGCAGCUCACAGAUGCAUGCGCCAAGUCGCUUCAGGAGGCAACACGGCUGCUCCAGGACGUGAUGCAAGUCGAAGUGAAACGUCUCCCCAAGACUCCGUGA